UGAAGCCUGGUUGUGUCCCGCUGGCAUGCAGCCCUCUUGUUUUGGUCUCAAACUCCUCGACCCCUCCCCGUGUGCCCGGCCCGCAGUGUCAGACUGGAGGCAGCGGAGGGGGGUGAAAGUUCGCCAGCAUGGCUCUCGUGUAUCAGGUGACAAUGUAGGAAAGUUAGACACCACAAGCGGCUAAAACCCAACCUAGCAAGAAGGCGACGGUAGGAGAAGUCAGCAUGACCACUGAAAGGGGCUCAGCUCUGAGCGGGGAGGAUGAGGAGGACACGGCUCUGGGAUAUUACGACGACGAAGACGACCUGGAGGCGUUUUCAGACGCCGAGCUGGGCUGUGAGGACGGAGUCUUCAGUGAUUCUCUGAAUGGAGAGGUCAAACCUCGCAUACUGUUGAUGGGCCUGCGGAGGAGCGGGAAGUCCUCCAUUCAGAAGGUGGUCUUCCAUAAAAUGUCACCCAAUGAGACACUGUUCCUGGAGAGCACCAAUAAGAUCUGCAGGGAGGACGUCAGCAGCAGCUCCUUUGUCAGCUUCCAGAUCUGGGACUUCCCCGGCCAGAUUGACUUCUUUGACCCCACUUUUGAUUACGAAAUGAUCUUCAGAGGCACUGGUGCGCUAAUCUUUGUCAUCGAUUCACAGGAUGACUAUGUGGAAGCUCUGAGCAGACUGCAUCUCACAGUGACCAGGGCCUACAAAGUUAACCCGGACAUCAACUUUGAGGUGUUCAUCCACAAAGUGGACGGCCUGUCGGAUGACCAUAAGAUUGAGAAGCAGAGGGACAUUCACAAACGAGCCAACGAUGACCUCGCAGAUGCCGGGCUGGAACGAAUACACCUGAGCUUCUAUUUAACCAGCAUAUAUGACCACUCCAUAUUCGAGGCUUUCAGUAAAGUGGUCCAGAAGCUCAUCCCACAGCUGCCUACACUGGAAAACCUGCUCAACAUUUUCAUAUCUAACUCAGGUAUUGAGAAGGCCUUCCUGUUUGAUGUGGUCAGUAAGAUUUACAUUGCCACAGACAGCAGUCCAGUGGACAUGCAGACAUAUGAACUGUGUUGUGACAUGAUCGAUGUGGUCAUUGACAUCUCCUGCAUCUACGGUCUGACCGACAGUGAAGGUGGUUUGCCCUAUGACAAGGAGUCAAUGGCCAUCAUCCACCUGAACAACACUACAGUCAUGUACCUGAAGGAGGUCACCAAGUUCCUCGCCAUGGUCUGCUUCCUCCGCAAGGAAAGCUUUGAGAGGAAAGUGAAGGUGCAGCACAGCAUCAGUGUUUCAGACGUACUGUCCCUUACCUACUUGAUAACACUCUGAAGGUUCUCAACCAGAGAAUCCACCAGAGCUCUUGUGCUCCAGUUCAAGUUCAAGCACUCCCUCAUUCCCUACCAACAACAGCAAAGCUCCAAAGCCAGAGAAGGCAGAUCCCUCUGUGCCUUGUCUAAACAGGAACACAGGCUAUGAAUGUGGGUGGUUAACCUCACAUUCUUUAAGCAUGUAAUCUGAGUUAGCUUCACUUGUGGCUAGAAUGCUAAAACAAGAUGAAGGCUUUUGCUUCACCUGUACCAACGCUGAUAAAGUUUCAGUGUGUUUACAAAUGAAGCUUUGCCAUGAGAAAAUAUGCAGAGGACAGGGGAGCAGCUAGCAUACAUGCAACCACUGCAAGGGAUUGGCGAGCCCGCCUGCUCAGGCCAAACCAGAAUAAGAAGUGACUGUCACUGUGACGUGUGUGUGUGGGUAAAACUAGUAAAAACACAAAAUCAUUCAGUUCAUUUCAUUUGUAGUUAAAAUAUUCAGUUCAUGUGUGUGGGAUAAAAGACUGUAGCAUUCACUGUAACAAAUCUGGUUUAGUUUGACAGUGGACACAUAGUAUGGGUAGUGUUAGGUUCAUUGUCAACGCAUUUAGAUCAUAUUCAAUGUGCCCCCCGACAUUUUACUAUCCCAGACUAGACAGGUCCAAGUCCAGGCUGGUAAUGAGAGCUUUAGAAGGCACACAUUUAAUUGUUGCAUGUCUUACCUUGUGCUGCUACAUCCUUUAUGUUAAUCAGAUGCCUCUCAGUUCACACCUGUGCCAUGUUGAAAGUGAUCUGAACAACUGCCAUUGUGACUGUCAUGUAAAUGUGAGGAUUUCAUUCAGACAUGAGACAAGAUGUUAAAAUAACACCAAAUUGGUGUAUUACCAGCGUGAAUGCAUCCAUUUUGAUGUCAGAUCAGUUUAUGAAACUUUUUUUCCCCCCAUUUGGCUCAGGGCAAAAAAAGAUGAAUAUAGAGAAAGAAUGAUAAACAGC